ACUUCUUUUCUGUUGACUGGACUCCAAAGGAGAAGUUCCCCAAUCGUUUUUGAGGAUCCUUAUUUCUUCCCUCCCCUUGUGAGCGCCCUUUCCCGAGAAGAUGCCCACAAAGAAGAAAACGCUGAUGUUCUUAGCCGGCUUCUGCACCAGCCUGGGGUCCUUUGUGGUCCUUUGCACCGUCCUGGGGAGGCAGAACUGGGUGAGCAGCACAAUCCCCAUCAGCGACAUCUUCUCCAACGGCACUGUGGUCAUUGUGUACGGGCUCUUCCGAGGGACGAGCACUCAGAGGUUGGAUCUCGGACUCGAAGAGUCAGACAAAUACUUCGAAGUUUUAGGAACAUUGAGGAGUUCUUCCCAGAAGACUCUGCAGGCCUUGGUCAUCCUGCUGCUGGCCCUGAGCUUGUUCACCUCGCUGCUGAGCGCGGGGGUCACCUUGUACAACAGCAUUAGCAACCCCUACCAGACGUUCCUGGGGCCCACGGGAGUGUACACCUGGAACGGGCUCAACGCAUCUUUCGUUCUUCUGGCCUUGCUGCUGUUUGUGGGGAACACGCAAGCCAACCGUCUCUCAGAGACGCUCUCUCAGACCAUUAACCAGAUGCUCGUCCACAAGGAAGCCACCCACAGCUAUGGGUACGCAUUUUGGCUCCUACUGCUGGUCAUUCUGCUCAACAUCCUCACUGUGGUCAUCAUCGUCUUCUACCAGAAGGCCAGAUACCAGCGGAAGCAGGAGCAGAGGAAGCCAAUGGAAUACGCCCCCAGGGAUGGGAUUCUGUUCUAAAGACGUUCGAAGGCAGCUCUUUUCUCAGAGUUGCUUGGCUUGUUGGAACACUCAGCGGGACGUGAAGCCCUGGGUAGCGGUCCUGGUGGCACCUUGUUGGCUCUCAUGUCGCCAUCUCCAUCAGAAAUGACCCACCUUGUGGAAGAGCUCCCGCCAGGCUGAGGAAGGUGAAUGGGGGAAGGUCACCCUGCCCGGCAGCACACGGAGCAGUAGGACGCUGGCUAGGUGCGCACCUGUGGACCUGCUCUUGAUGUUGACGUUAAUAAAGGCUUGCGUCCCUCA